ACUGUUCAGGCCGCGCAACCGCGAUUACUAUGACAGCAUCGCAAUACGAAAUUUUAAGUACCUCUAAUUGUCGAUUAUUCGACGUUAAAUUAACAGCUCAAGUAUUAUGAAUUAAAUUAAUUAACAAAACAAAUUAUUAAAAAUAUAAAAAAAAAGUUGAAUUAAGAUAACGCAAAAUGAGUAUUUCACAAAACAGCACAGCAACGGUUGUUUGCAGGGAAGUUUUUGAUGAGACGUCACAUCCUUCAAAUGAAGAGGUACUUGAGUAUGCAAAAAAAAUUGGAAUUGAUCCUGAAACAGAGCCACAUUUAAUGGACAUAGCUAUUGAGGGUUUAAUGGCACCGUUACCAAAAAAUUGGACACCCUGUUACGACAAGUCAGAGCGUUGUUAUUAUUAUUGCAAUUCAACUAAAGCAAGCACCUGGGAGCACCCCCUUGAUUCGAAAUACCGGGAGCUUGUCGAGCAUAUAAGAGCGGGUCAUAGUCGUCAACCAAGUGUUGAUGAUGAUUCAAAAACAACAGCCAAAGAAUUAGAGUCACACGAGGAUGCAACUCUGCCAAAAGAAUCAACACUAUCAAAAGUACCAGUAUUAUAUACUAAAAUCCCAAAAAAAUUGGCACCACUACGUAAAUUUGGCAUUGAUACAAUAAUGCGUCGUAAAGAUUGUGAAAAAAUAAAUGAUCCAUCAAUACAAUUAGCUGAUCGUUCAUCACGUGAUUAUACAACUAUACGUUAUCAAGAUCCAAAAUUUUUUGAAACACCAGCUGUUAUAAAUAAUAAAGAAAUAAAAAAUAUAAGUGAUAUUGUUAAAAGAUCAGAAUCAAUGAGUCCAAAAUAUGAAAAAGAUUGGGAACAAUUAACAAAUAAAUUUAGUUCUGAAGAAAAUAUAAUUGAUAUUGAUAAGCUAAGUUUAAGUUCAUUAUCACAAACAGAUGGUAAAGAUAUUAUUGAAGCAAUUGAUAAAGAACGACAAUCACGUAAAUCAGAUUAUCGUCAACAAAAAGAAUUAACACUAAGUGGUGGUGGUUUUAUGUUUUUAAAAAGUAAUCGUAGUCGUGAUAAUACACCAGUACAUGAUGGUGCUGGUAAAAUUGAAGAUUUUCAAAUUUCAUGCAGUGUCAAUGAGGGAUGUUGCAGUAUUGAAAGACCAAAAUCAAUUUUACGUGAAAAACCCUGUGAAGAUGACGAUCGUCCAACUGAAGAGGAACGCAAGAGUGUACGUUUUGAUCUUGAAAAAGAUCCAGAUAAUAAUAUGUAUGUUUAUUCUGGAUCUGAGGAUGAAGACUGGGAUUCUGAUUCUGAAGAAAAAGAAGUAACGAGUGAUCAUGGUGAUAUAAAAAGUUCAUUUUUUGAAAAAUUACAAAAAAAUCCUUUACAAUCACCAAAAUCAAAUGAACAAUAUCAACAACAAGAUAAUCAAAAUAUCAAGAGCUCAAUCAAUACACCAAGUACAUCAAAAUUAAUUUGUAAAAGAUUUGUCGUUGAAAGUGUUUCAGAAACAGAUCAUUUAUGUCAAUCAAUAAAGGAUAAGCCAAUGGAUAAUGAUUAUUUGCCAAAUAAUAAAUUUGUAAAUAUUAAAAAUAUUGAUUUAUUUUCAAAAAGUGAUACUGACAGUGGUACACCACGUUCAAGCAAACAUGAUGAAUCAAGUUCAAGUAAUUUAGAUAAUAUACGUAAGAGUAAAGAAAUAAUGCUCGAAGCUAUGAGUUUAACUGAUGAACGUAAAAAAAUUGAUAAAUUAAUUGAAAAACAAAAAAGUGAUAAUUUAAUAAAAUUACGUCAUGAUUUAGAAAUUGUUGAUAAUCAUGUGCGUAAUCGUAAAGGGCAUAAUGAAAAACAUCAACAGCAUGAUGUUGAUGAUGAAGAUAAAAAUUAUAUUGAUAAUAAAUAUGAUAAUGAUGUUGAAAAAUAUAAAAAAGAAAUUGAUGAUAAAUUGGAAAUGAUUAAGAAACAAAUGGAUGAUAAAUAUAAUGAAGAAAAAGUAUUACUUGAAAAUGAAUUGGAUAAAAAAUUAUCAGAUUUACGUAAAGAAUUUGUUGCUAAAGAAAAUGAUGAGAUACAAAAAUUAAUAACAACAAUGGAUGAUGCUAGAAUGGAAAAUUUAAAAAAAGCUAAAAUUGAAUGGGAAGUAUGUUUUGAUAAAGAAAGACAAGAAAUAUUUGAAAAAUUAAAAUUAGAACUAGAUGAAAGAAAAAAUGAAUUAUUAAAAUUACGUAAUCAUGAAAUGGAAGUAUUGGAAAAUGAAUUUGGUAAAAAUCUUGAUGAUGAAAUUGCAUUUAAAACGAGUGAGCAUAAAAUAUUAAUGGAACAUAAUGAAAAAAUUGAAAAUUUAAAAAAAGAACUUGAUAAUGAUUUUGAUGAUUUAAAAAAUAAAUUAAGAAGUGAACAGAGAGAAAAAGUUACACAAAUAACAGAUGAACAUGAAAAGUGUUUGGCUGAAAUACUUCGUGAUUUUAGAACAGAGGAACGUUUAGCAAGAAAAGUAUACAAACAAAGAUUAGAAGAAAUACGAGCUGAUUUUUCUCAAGGAAUUGAUAAAGAAGCAAAAAAAAUGUCAGAACAUGCAACAAGACAAGAGACAGUAGAUUUUGAAAAAAUGCGUUGUGAAAAACGUUUACUUGAGGAUAAAUAUAAAAUAUUAAAAGACAAAUAUUUAAAAUUAAAAAAUGACGUACGUUUAGCAGUUGAAAGAAGAAGUAAAAGAAAAGAGGCUCAUGUUACAACAUCUGAAACUGAAAAAUCAGCAUCAACACGUACAAAAACUGAUAGAACAGAAUCAAUGGAUCGAAAAGCUCAACCGAUAAUCAUCAACACAAAACAACGAUCAGUUGAUAAUCAAUUCAUCAACACAGAAAAUAAUUCUGAUUCAAUUCAACUACAAAGAUUUCAAACAAGUCGUACAAGCUGUGGUGAUUCAAGAAGUUCAAUAAAAUUCGAAUCUGAUGAUGCAACAACAGCAAGUGAAACAAUGAAUUCAAAUGUUAUUAAAAAAAGAAGAUCAUUUGCUAGAAAAUCAACAAAUAAUAAUUCAAAAAUAUCACAAAAUGACAUUAAUAAUAUUAACAACAACAACAACAAUAAUAUUAUUAAUAAUAAUCCAGAAAAUCCAGUUGAAAAUAUUAGAAAACAAUUGGAGAAGUUGGAGGAUUUGGGUGAUCAAUUACCAAGUAAUGAUGCUGCUUACACAUUGAGAUAUCCAUUUCAAGAUAAAGGACCAAUGAAUGCAUCAUCAGAGCUUGAAUUUUUCCGCCAUCGUAUUCAUGUUGAAAGAGAUUCAGUCAAGCGUGCAAGAGAUGCACUUAGAGUACAAAAAAAUGUAUUUCAAGGUAGACAAAGAGCUUGGAAACAAAAAAGUGCAAGAGCAACAUUGGAACAACUUGUUAUGGAGGAAAGAGAAUUAUCAGAAAUGGAAGUUAGUCUUCAUCGUACUCGAAGUUUAUUGGGUGAAAAAGUUAUUCAUUUGAGACAUUUAGAACAAUCAUUGGAUCGUGUUACAAAUAAUAAAAAAAAUGAAGAUGAUAUAUCACCAGUUAAAAGUGAUGAAUUAACAUUGAGUGAUAUGUCAAGUGCAAGUAGUGGAUUUAGUUCAACAGAUUUAGAUAAACCUGAUAAUUUUCAAGAAUCAUCAGAAAUAAUAAAUAGCUUGGAAAAUUUAAAUUCUGAAAUACGUGAAAUUUGGGGUGUAUUAAAUAAACGACAGGGUAAUAAUAUUCCACCACCUCCAACAUUGUCAUAUUCUGAUCUUGGAUGGUUGUCUUAUCAUCCCAUGACAAAUCAAUCAAAUAAUUUACAAGCAUUUGGAACUCCAAAUAUUCAAUCAAAUAUAUUGUCACAAUUGGCAACAUUACCAUCAACGACAACAACACAAAAUAUAAUUGCUCAGUAUGGUCCAGCAAGUGGAUUUACAACGAGUAUGGGAAAUGUUGAACGUGGCCCAUCAAAUUUAAUUGAGAGAACAAGAAAUAUGAGAGACUGGCUGCGACAAGCUCGCAUUGAAACUUCAGACCUCAUUAGUCCUAAUCAAGCACCACUUUAGAAUUUUAAUAUUAAACUUCACAAUAUUAAUAACAAAAUUGUUUUUUGUUUAUUAUAUUUUUUAAAAACCAUUCGUUAAGUUUUUAAGUAGAGUUUUAUUUUUAUAAUUUUAUUUUUCUUUUUCUGUUUAAAUUAGUUUUACUGUUAUUUGAUUGUUAGAUUUAAUCAAUUGCCAAAACAAAAAUAAAUUAUAUUAUAAUUAUAAAAUACACAGAGACUAUGAAAAUGUUGAUUAACAAUUCAAAUUGUCAUAAAGUCAAAUUAAAUGGUAAAUAAUAAAUAACCCGCAGUCAUAAUUUAAAGUAUAUAGAAAAAUCAAAAUGUUAAUCUAGUCAAAAAUUUUUCGUGUCAUCAGAAGUAUUAUCAAGUGCUUCCCCAAUUAUAUACCAUUAGUUAAACAGUAUUUUAUUUAUAAAAAAAAAAACAAAGAACAAAAAAAAGAAUACCAAUUUUUGUUUUAAUAAAUGAUUAUUAAAAAUAAA